UAGAAAAUUCUCUCUCUCUUUCCGAACACAUACUACUCCAUCAUUGAUCAUAGCUCGGAUAUCCUGGAACAAGAGGCGGCAUUCUUCCACAGUUCCGAUGCCACCUCAGGCUCCGCAUCCUUCAAAACAUUGGAUCUAGACUUGGAUCAGCCGAUUGGGGGGCGACCAGGUCUCGGGUUUUUGAGGCGUGUCCGAGCGGGCCGGCGACCGAUCAAAUCCUGCUGAUAGGGACGAGAGAAAGCACGCGGUUGGUUCCAGAAGCGACGAGACAAGCUUGUGUCAAGCUCGUGCCACCGGAUCGAUGAUUCCUCCGGUUUCCGCAUCCCCUUUCUACACCAUCUGCAGCGAGACUGCUGGAAUCGCCGGUAAUCUGUUUGCCUUCGUGCUGUUCCUCUCGCCGAUACCAACGUUCAAAAGGAUCGUUAAGAAUCGCUCUACCGAGCAGUUCUCUGGGCUGCCGUAUGUAUACUCCCUCCUGAAUUGCUUGAUUUGCUUCUGGUACGGACUACCCUGCGUCGCCCCCGGCGUCAUCUUGGUUGCUACCGUCAACUCGAUCGGGGCCAUUUUCCAGUCGGUGUAUGUCGCUCUCUUCAUCAUAUAUGCUGAUAAAGCCAAAAAGCUGAAGAUGUCUGGACUUCUGAUCGCGGUCUUCUGUGCCUUUGCUCUUAUCAUAUACAUCAGCCUCGAGCUGUUUGACGGCCGGAGACGGCGGAUGUUUGUCGGAUAUCUGAGCGUCGCCUCUCUCAUUUCAAUGUCCGCAUCUCCAUUAUGCAUCAUUAAUUUGGUUAUCCGGAGGAGGAGUGUUGAGUUCAUGCCUUUCUAUCUCUCUCUCGCGACCUUCCUGAUGAGCAUCUCAUUCUUCGCAUAUGGAAUGCUGAAGCAUGACUUUUUCAUAUAUGUACCAAAUGGGAUCGGAACAAUCCUUGGGGUCGUACAGUUGUUCCUCUAUGCUUACUACAGCAGAAAAUCAAGACAAGAUUCUACUUCUAGAUUACCACUGCUAGUGUCAUAUGGAUGAUGCACUCGGCAAAAAUAUCCUUGUAAUUAUUUCAUACUUUUCCUUGCAGGCGCUUUGUAUCCCAAGUGGUUAAGACCAUUGAAAAUCAUACUAUAUAUUCAUUUUGUUCUCUCUUUUUUUUA